GGUUGACAUGCAUGUUUGUUGACUUAGUCAGUGAGCUUAUUGCCAGUCUCCCAUUGUUUCUCACAAACUAAACCACAAACCCUUGAGGCCAGACCAGAUAAUACAGUAAGCAACAGAUAGAUCAUUCAUCUAUCUACACAAGAAUUCAAAAGAGAUCAAGAUGUCCAACGCCAGUGGCCUUGCCUUGUCGAUUCGCAAGGCCGAAGAAUCGGAAACCUUUGAUUUGGGCGGCCAAAAUGUGUCCACAAUCACCAACACCAUUCAAUCGGCGUUUGCCGAGCCACUCCCCGUCCAGGAAAUGAUCCGUAUUACCUUUGUCACGGGCGCUGGAAAACAAGCACGGCAAAAAUACGACGAAGGGGCGGCUCGGGCCGUCACGGCGGCAUUGCGAGAUUUGGGCUAUGAAGACGAUCGAGCCGCCAGUUGUGUCAUCGAAUGUGCCGGCAGCUUUAAACUCCAACACGACACGGCCAAAAAUCUCAAAACCGUCGUGGUGUACCCCAAAAUACAAGGUCCCAACAACAAUGGCGGUAAUGACGCGACACAACCAACGGCUUGCUUGAUUCCCGAGGGAUGUUCGGCUCAUCAAAUUGCCAUGGCAUCCCCCAAUGUCUUUGAACGCAUGCUCAAGGCCAAGUGUACUUCGUGGAAUCAGAAAAAGGGAUGUCAGGCCGCUCUGGAACGCAUCCAACAAAUGGUCGACGAAUUGGAUGGAAAACUCAUGCAAGGGACUCCCCUUGACGCAGCCGAACAAAACUUUUACGACAAUGUGACCGGAUUGGAGGACAAACUGGCUCAUGUCAAGGACGAGUUACACAAACAGGUAGAGGAAGGAGGUGUCACCAAAUUUGAAAAGGAAUUACUCUUGCAACACAAUGCCGAACGCUUGGACAAACUCAAACAAGAAAUCCAACAAGCCAAGGGACAGAAGUUGGAAAAAUUACAGCAAAUGAAACAAAAGGCCACUCAACGCAAAGAGUUGCUCCAAGAUAUUGAUCCCAAACCACCACACAAACUCAAACAUGAAAUCGAAAUUGCAAGGUUAUGGAAAGAAGCAGUGCCAUUGUUGCAAAUGGAGGAAAAGGCACGCGGACGGCUGUUAAGUGUGAAGGAGACACAGGCAAUGGCACGAAAGGAUGAAAUCAUGGAAGAAAUCGAAUAUCUGGAGGAUGCCAGCCGUGGUUGGUUUGAAGAUGAUGCCGCCUUUGAUGCUCGUGUCAAGGCUAUUCGGGCUCAUUUCAUGGCCAAAUUGAACCAAAAACCAAAGGCCAAAAAAGCACCGGGAUCCUAUGCGGCCGCAGUUGGCGCUAGUAGCUCCAACACUGGUGGUGUUCGCCAGGACAAGUGGGUCGUGCCGGGUCAAAAGAAUGCCGGGGGCAGUGGCGGCACCCCCAACAAGAAGAAAGGAAAGAAUAAGGGAACUGGGGUGUUUGCCGCCAUGAUGGCCAAAGAAGCUGGUAAAAGUGACGAUGAUUCAGACCAGGACGAGGAAAGUGACUGGGAGGAACAGCAGCCACAACCAGCGACAGUCCCGAAACCAACCUCCGCUCCGGAAAAGCAAGCCGAUACAAAGGAUGACAAUAACAACAGCAAUCCACAGAGUAACACCGCUGGAGGUGGUGGUGGCAAAAAGAAGAAGAAGAACAAGAAAAAGUCCAAAGGAGGAAACAAAAAGAAAAGAGAUGAAGCAGAUAUGUCCGACGACGAGCUUUUGGAAUCAACCGCGGCGGCCAAUGCAGCAGCACAAAAGGCCAAUGAAGAGGAACAGGAAGUGUCACACCCCGCCAUUGCAUUCAUCAAGAACUACUUGAUACCGUUCAUCCUGGGAUUCAUGGCUUUCAUUGUCAGUCUGUUCUUUGGAAAGCCAAAGCAGAAGCAAAAGAAACGAUAAGCUAGAAUAGCUCUAGCUAGUAGAGUACCUUCCUUGAAACGCUAGGCCAGAAUACAUUUGAGAGCUGAAUUCAAAGCUAACUAGAUACAUGUAGCCAAGCAUGGGCACCUCUGCUUAC